AUGGAUUUCUAUACAGUAGAUGCUGAAGACUUAAAUGAGUUUAUGGUCCGCAAAAUAAAGAACACAGCUAACGAAACGAAAAACAAUAAUUAUUUUGGGUAUGUGACGAAAAUAUGCUUUAAAGAAACUCUGGACAUUAUUGAUGCAGACGGACGAAUCAUAGGCGAAUUUACUGCUAAAAUACGAGAGUCAUACUCCGAUUUAGCUUCUAGAUCGUUGAUCAUUAGUGUACAUUCGUCGAAAAUGUACGAAGGUAACAAAGACAUCGAAAUGAGUCUUAUAACUAAUUGCACUAUUGAUUUCCAUACAUUCGAGGAAAAAUGGUCACAAUUAUCAAAGAAUCAGUGUAAAACACUAAUGAUCUCGCGUAGCAGUAAUGAAAAAACGAUUAACGUUAACGUAACAUCGAAUAACGAUGAACUUUUGGAUCAGAAGCGAAUUAUUCCUAUAGAAUUUACUGAGAAAAUGUUAACUGAGGGAAUGAAUGUUGCAUACAUGCGUUACUUGGCCAUUAUCGGAUACAAUGGUACGAUACACAACAAGGCCGCUAUUUCUAUAAACGGGAAACUUUACAAGGCGAUCUACGUGUGUUCCUCGGAAGAUUCGCACCAAAUCAAUAGUGUAUGCAUUCCUGUGUACAUUAUUAAAAGAACGUUAUACAGAGAUGGAAUGCCGCAAUCACAAAACAUUGACAUGACAUCGGUAUUAAGUCGUGCGGGUUAUUUGCUGGAGCAUUCUUGGAACAUGCAUGAAAGUAGCAGGAAAAUGAAGAUUCCAAAGUCAUUGGUAGUAAUGGAUAACGGUGAAAUGUGCAUGGAUUCUUUAAUUAACUUAAGAAACAACUGGGAAAGAGAUAUUCGAUUUAAAUCUCUGUACUUGGAUAAAGUAACGGAAAUCAAAUCACAGUACAAUAGUUACUUGAAAAAUAACGUGCUAGUGAAAGAAAUGAUAGUCGAUUAUAUAAAGGAAGUAUUGUCGAUUAAACCCGAAAACGUGUUGAAAUUUUCUAUAGAAUAUUUUGAAAACAUACAAGAAAAGUGA